GGGAGCUGCUCCUGCUCCCGCGGGCCCUGUGCCUCCGCUCCGGGCAACCGCUGCGCUUGGCGCUGGCCUGCCGCCGCUGCCAGCAGAAGGGCGAGACCUUUGUCCGCUGGAGCGUGGGCCUGGGCUCCUCGGCGGCCGAGAUGGAGGCGCUCUGGCGGUCGGAGGGCGGCUCGCCCGGCCACGGGAAGGGCCGGCGGAGGAAGCGCAACGUCAACUCCAGCCCCCAGUUCCAGAUGCCCACCUACCAGGUCUCGGUGCCGGAAAACCGGCCGGCGGGCACCCCGGUGAUCUUACUGCGGGCUCUCGACCCGGACGAGGGCGAGUGGGGCCGCUUGGACUACUCCAUGGAUGCUCUCUUUGACAGCCGCUCCAACAGCUUCUUCGCGAUUGACCCCCGGACGGGGGCCGUGUCCACGGCUGAGGAGCUGGACCGGGAGACCAAGAGCACCCAUGUGUUCCGGGUGACGGCGACCGACCACGGGGUGCCACGCCGCACGGCGCUGGCCACUCUCACGAUCACCGUCAGCGACACCAACGACCACGACCCCAUCUUUGAGCAGCAGGAGUACAAGGAGAGCAUGCGGGAGAACCUGGAGGUGGGCUAUGAGGUGCUGACGGUGAGAGCUACGGAUGGAGACGCCAGCCCCAACGCCAACAUCCUCUACCGCAUCUUGAAUGCCAACGGGGCCAACAAAAUCUUUGAGAUUGACCCCAAGUCCGGCGUCAUCCGCACCAAUGGGCUGGUGGACCGAGAAGCUGUUGAGUCCUACCAACUGAUAGUGGAAGCCAACGACCAAGGCAAAGACCCGGGCCCACGCAGUAGCACGGCUACCAUCCACAUCACAGUGGAGGAUGACAAUGACAACUCGCCUCAGUUCAGUGAGAAGCGCUAUGUAGUUCAGGUACCUGAGAAUGUGGCAUCCAACACCCACAUCCUUCGGGUCAAUGCGACAGACCGGGACAAAGGCAGCAAUGCUCUUGUGCAUUACAGCAUCAUGAGUGGCAACACCCGGGGACAGUUCUACAUUGAUGCCCAGACGGGUAACAUUGAUGUCGUCAGCCAGCUUGACUACGAGAUGAAUAAGGAAUACACCCUGCGAAUUAGAGCCCAAGAUGGUGGAAGGCCUCCUUUGUCCAACAUCAGUGGACUAGUGACCAUCCAGGUCCUGGACGUCAAUGACAAUGCCCCCAUCUUUGUCAGCACCCCUUUCCAGUCCACGGUACUGGAGAAUGUGCCCGUGGGCUACUCUGUGAUCCACAUCCAAGCCAUUGAUGCGGAUUCUGGGGAGAAUGCACGACUGGAAUAUGCCCUGGUUGACAUUAGCCCUGAUUUCCCUUUUGCUAUUAAUAACAACACUGGCUGGAUUGUGGUGGCCUCUGAAUUGGAUCGUGAGGCUGUGGACUUUUACAACUUUGGCGUUGAGGCCCGAGACCAUGGUAACCCGUCCAUGACCUCUUCAGCCAGUGUCAGCAUUACCAUUCUGGAUGUCAACGAUAACAACCCUGAGUUCACUCAGAAGGAAUACAGUGUGAGGCUCAAUGAAGAUGCUGCUGUGGGCACCAGUGUUCUUACUGUUUCUGCUAUUGACCGGGAUGUGAACAGUGUCAUCACCUACCAGAUUACCAAUGGGAACACUCGCAACCGCUUUUCCAUAACUAGCCAGAGUGGUGGUGGUCUCAUCACUUUGGCUCUACCUUUGGAUUACAAACUGGAGCGCCAAUAUUUGCUUACCAUCACAGCUUCUGAUGGCACUCGGCUUGACACGGCCCAGGUCUUUGUUAAUGUGACUGAUGCCAACACACAUCGGCCAGUGUUCCAGAGUUCCCAUUAUACUGUUAACAUCAAUGAGGAUAGGCCUGUAGGCACCACUGUAGUAAUCAUUAGUGCCACAGAUGAGGAUACAGGGGAGAAUGCCCGUAUCACUUACUUCAUGGAAGACAGCAUCCCUCAGUUCAAGAUUGAUAUGGACACUGGGGCUGUCACUACCCAGAUGGAGCUGGAUUAUGAGGAUCAGGUAUCCUACACGUUGGCAAUUACAGCCCGGGAUAAUGGUAUCCCACAGAAAUCAGACACCACCUAUCUGGAGAUACUAGUCAAUGAUGUGAAUGACAAUGCACCUCAGUUCUUAAGAGAUAAUUACCAAGGUUCUGUAUAUGAGGAUGUCCCAGCCUUUACUAGCGUCUUGCAGGUUUCUGCCACAGACAGAGACUCUGGGCUGAAUGGGAGGGUGUUCUACACCUUUCAGGGUGGGGAUGAUGGUGAUGGAGACUUCAUCAUUGAAUCCACUUCAGGCAUUGUUAGGACUUUGCGCAGACUGGACCGGGAGAAUGUUCCAUUGUAUGAACUUAGGGCCUAUGCUGUUGAUAAGGGUGUGCCAGCCAUGAGGACACCUAUUGAUGUCCAUAUCACUGUUCUGGAUGUCAAUGAUAACCCUCCUGUCUUUGAGCAGGAUGAGUUUGAUAUCUUUGUUGAAGAGAACAGCCCUAUUGGUUUGGUGGUGGCCCGGAUCACUGCCAGUGACCCAGAUGAAGGGACCAAUGCUCAGAUUAUGUAUCAGAUAGUGGAAGGUAACAUUCCUGAGGUCUUCCAACUCGACAUCUUCUCAGGAGAGCUGACAGCAUUGAUGGAUUUGGAUUAUGAGGCCAAGUCUGAGUAUGUCAUUGUGGUCCAAGCUACUUCAGCACCACUGGUAAGCCGGGCUACAGUGCACGUCCGUUUGCAGGAUAAGAAUGACAACAUUCCUGUCUUGAAAAAUUUUGAGAUCAUCUUCAACAACUAUAUUACCAACAAGUCCAGUAGUUUCCCCACGGGUGUGAUUGGCAAGAUCCCAGCCUAUGACCCUGAUGUCUCUGAUACUCUUACCUAUAGUUUUGAGCAAGGCAAUGAAUUGAAUCUGGUGCUCCUGAACCACAGUACAGGAGAGCUACGUUUGAGCAGGGCCUUGGACAACAACAGGCCUUUGGAGGCCAUCAUGAGAGUUUCUGUCUCAGAUGGCAUCCACAGCGUAGCUGCCCAGUGUACACUCCAGGUGACCAUUAUCACAGAUGAGAUGCUGACGAACAGUAUCACACUGCGACUGGAGAACAUGUCCCAGGAACGUUUCCUUUCACCACUCCUGGCCCUCCUUCUUGAAGGAGUCGCAACUGUGCUGUCUGUUACCCGUGACCACGUUGUCCUUUUCAACAUUCAGAAUGACACUGAUGUGCAGGCUGCUCAGAUCCUUAAUGUCAGUCUGUCUGUCUUGCUUCCUGAUGGAGCCCAAGGAGGACGUUAUAUUCCUUCAGAAGAUCUACAGGAGCGUCUGUACCUCAAUCGCACACUCCUAGCUGCCAUUUCGGAGCAGCGGGUUCUGCCCUUUGAUGACAACAUUUGCCUGCGGGAACCCUGUGAGAAUUACAUGCGCUGUGUCUCAGUGCUAAAGUUUGACAGCUCAGCACCCUUCAUUGCGUCUGACACCAUUCUUUUCCGGCCCAUCCACCCGGUCAAUGGUUUGCGCUGUCGCUGUCCACUUGGCUUCACUGGCGACUAUUGUGAGACUGAGAUUGACCUAUGCUAUUCUAACCCCUGUGGCAACAACGGGCGCUGCCGAAGCCGGGAAGGAGGAUAUACUUGUGAAUGCCAAGAGGGCUAUACUGGAGAGAACUGCGAAGUGAAUUCCCGCCUGGGCCGCUGCACCCCUGGGGUUUGCAAGAAUGGUGGCACCUGUGUCAACCUUCUGGUGGGUGGAUUCAAGUGUGACUGCCUAUCAGGAGACUACGAGAAACCCUACUGCCAGAUGAGUACCCGCAGCUUCCCAGCCCACUCCUUCCUCACUUUCAAAGGGCUGCGUCAGCGCUUCCAUUUCACCAUCACCCUCACGUUUGCCACUAAGGAACGGGAUGGGCUGCUUCUCUACAAUGGGCGCUUCAAUGAACGACAUGAUUUCAUAGCCCUGGAGAUUGUGCAGGAGCAGGUUCAGCUUACUUUCUCUGCAGGAGAGUCCACAAGCACAGUAGCCCCAUUCAUCCCAGGGGGUGUGAGUGAUGGACAGUGGCACACUGUCCACCUGCACUACUACAACAAGCCCAUCAUGGGGAUGUCUGGUGUUCCACAAGGGCCCUCUGACCAGAAAGUAGCUGUGGUGACAGUUGACGACUGCGACACUUCAGUGGCAUUGAAGUUUGGUUCUAUCCUAGGAAACUACUCUUGCUCAGCUCAAGGGACACAGUCAGGCACCAAGAAGUCCCUAGAUCUCACAGGUCCACUGUUGUUAGGUGGUGUUCCUGACCUGCCUGAAAGCUUCCCAGUACGGAACCGACACUUUGUAGGCUGCAUGAGGGACUUCCUGAUUGAUAAUCGAGAAGUGGACAUGGCUGACUUUAUUGCCAACAAUGGGACUGUGCCAGGCUGCUCAGCCAAAAAGAAUGUUUGUGACAGCAACACGUGUCACAACGGUGGCACAUGUGUCAACCAGUGGAACACCUUCAGCUGUGAAUGCCCCCUGGGCUUUGGAGGCAAGGACUGCAAGCAAGAAAUGGCAAGUCCCCAGCGCUUCCUGGGCAAUAGCAUGGUGACUUGGAGUAACUUGGCAUUGGUCAUCACACUUCCAUGGCACAUUGGACUCAUGUUCCGUACUAGGCAGAGCCAUGGCAUCUUCUUGCAUGCUACAGCUGGCCAGCAUUCCACCAUCACCAUUUGGCUAAGCGAAGCGCAUGUGCUUAUGACUGUGCACCGUGCCAACAGCCUGGUCUCAACCCUGCGGCUGCACCAGGUGAAGGUGAAUGAUGGUGACUGGCACCAUCUGCAGUUGGAGAUACACAGCAGCAGAGACCAUCCAGAAGCUCAGUGUUUAGCCAUAUUGUCCUUUGACUACGGUCUGCAUGAGGUGGUGACCAACAUCAGCAGUGAGCUACAUGGAUUGAAGAUACGGAAUCUGAGCAUUGGUGCUGUACUAGGGGAGAAGGGUGAGGUGCAGCAAGGCUUCCGUGGAUGUAUGCAGGGUGUAAGGAUGGGUGAGACAUUGGCCAGUGCUGUGGCUCUGGAUGUGAACCAGGCAGAGAAGACGAACGUGGAACGUGGCUGCAGUAUCCCAGACCCUUGUGAUUCCAAUCCCUGCCCUGUCAACAGUUAUUGCAAUGAUGAUUGGGACAGUUACUCCUGCAGCUGUGACCCAGGCUACUAUGGAGAUAGCUGUGCCAAUGUUUGCUCCCUUAACCCAUGUGAACAUCAAGCCGUGUGUGCCCGCAAGCCCAGCUCAUCCCACGGCUACACCUGUGAGUGUCCCGACAACUACUUUGGGCCCUACUGCGAGAACAAGCUUGCUCAACCCUGCCCACGGGGAUGGUGGGGCCACCCUAUAUGUGGACCCUGCAAUUGUGAUGUUGGCAAAGGCUUUGACCCUGAUUGCAAUAAAACCAAUGGAGAAUGCCGCUGCAAGGAGAAUCACUACCACCCAGCAGGCAGUGCUAUGUGUUUGCUCUGUGACUGCUAUCCCACAGGCUCAUUGUCUCGUACUUGUGAACCUGAGACUGGGCAGUGCUCCUGCAAGCCAGGAGUUAUUGGGCGCCGCUGUGACCGCUGUGACAACCCUUUUGCAGAAGUCACCAUCAAUGGCUGCGAAGUGAAUUAUGAUAGCUGCCCACGAGCCAUUGAAGCAAACAUUUGGUGGCCGCGUACCCGUUUUGGCUUGCCUGCAGCUGCAUCCUGCCCCAAGGGAUCUAUAGGGACUGCUGUCCGGCACUGUCAUGAACACAAGGGCUGGCUGUCACCCAACCUCUUCAACUGCACUUCUUUGACCUUUGCUGCUCUCAAGGGCUUCGCAGAAAGGCUGUUGCGGAAUGAAUCAAUGUUGGAUACAGAACAGUCUCAGCAGAUUGCUCUCCAGCUUCGCAAUGCUACGCAGAACACAGCCAGCUUCUUUGGUAGUGAUAUCAAGGUGGCUUAUCAACUCUCAGCCCAACUUCUGAAGCAUGAGAGUACCCAAGAAGGUUUUGGCUUGGCUGCUACGCAGGAUGUUCACUUCACUGAGAACCUGCUCAAGGUGGGCAGUGCCUUACUGGAUCACAGCAACAGGCGUCACUGGGAACUGAUCCAGCAGACAGAGGGUGGCACAGCCCAGCUGCUCAAGCACUUUGAGGAUUAUGCCAGCACUUUGGCUCAGAACAUGCGCAAGACAUAUCUGAACCCCUUCACCAUUAUCACACCCAACAUUGUUAUUUCUGUGGUGAGGCUGGAGAAGAUGAAUUUUGCUGGUGCAAAACUGCCACACUAUGAGGCACUGCGAGGCGAAAAACCUGCAGACCUGGAAACCACUGUCAUCCUCCCUGAAAGUGUUUUUAAAGCCCCAGAAGGGAAACAGCCUUCUGUGGCCAAUGCCAGGCGUCUCUCUGGCUCUGGUGAAGAAGAAGGACCUGCUUUGAUGACAAGACAGAAGAGGCACCCAGAUCUAAGUGAAGGCCAGGCUAUUGCCAGUGUGAUCAUCUACCGCACACUGGCAGGUUUGCUUCCAGAGCAAUAUGACACUGAUAAGCGGAGCCUGAGAGUCCCCAAGCGCCCCAUCAUCAACACCCCUGUGGUGAGCAUCAACAUCCAUGACAAUAAUGCGCUGAUGCAACGUGCCCUGGAGAAACCUAUCACAGUGCAGUUCCGACUACUGGAAACUGAGGAGCGCACCAAACCUAUCUGUGUCUUCUGGAACCACUCUAUCCUUGUCAGUGGGAUUGGUGGCUGGUCGGCCAAAGGCUGUGAGGUUGUCUUCAGGAAUGAGACCCAUGUUAGCUGCCAGUGCAACCACAUGACGAGCUUUGCUGUGUUGAUGGACAUUUCUCGCAGAGAGAAUGGUGAGAUCCUUCCCUUGAAGACCAUCACAUAUGCAUCCAUUGCUGUGACUCUGAGUAGCCUCCUGCUCACUUUCCUCUUCCUGGCUGGCCUCCGGGCCCUGCGAUCCAACCAGCAAAGCAUUCGCAAGAAUCUCGUGGUUGCGUUGUUCCUCUCUGAACUUGUCUUCCUGCUGGGCAUCAACCAGGCUGACCUACCAUUUGUAUGCACUGUCAUUGCCAUCUUGCUGCACUUUCUGUACAUGUGCACUUUUGCCUGGGCACUGCUAGAAGCACUGCACAUCUAUCGCAUGCUGAGUGAGGUGCGCGACAUCAACUACGGCCCGAUGCGCUUCUAUUACAUGGUUGGCUGGGGUGUGCCAGCAUUCAUUACAGGACUGGCUGUGGGUCUGGACCCUGAAGGUUAUGGGAACCCAGACUUCUGUUGGCUCUCCAUCUAUGACACACUGAUCUGGAGUUUUGCUGGACCCAUUGCUUUUGCUGUUGCAAUGAGUGUCUUCCUCUAUGUCUUGGCCACCAAAGCCACUUGUGCUGCUCAGCAACAGGGUUUUGAGAAGAAGGGGACAGUCUCUGGCCUACGCUCAGGCUUUGUCUCUCUGCUGCUGAUCAGUGUCACCUGGUUGCUGGCCCUGCUGUCGGUCAACAGCGAUGCCAUCCUCUUCCACUACCUCUUUGCCAGCUUCAACUGCCUCCAGGGACCCUUAAUCUUCAUCCUCUGCAUUAUUUUAUGCAAAGAAGUGAGGAGAGCACUCAAAUCCAGCUGUGGCAAGAAGCACAGUACAGACCCCACACUUACCACCAAAUCUACCCUGACAGCGGGAGGCUUUGGGCUGCCUUGUAAGGCUUAUAAUUGCAACAACACAUAUGUGGAUGGGCAGCUGUAUCAUGCACCCUUUGGAGACUCCACUGGUUCCUUGCACAGCACAGUCCGCUCAGGCAAGAGUCAGCACAGCUACAUCCCUUUUGUGCUCAGGGAAGAGUCUGGCUUGAACAAUAGCCAGGUGCAUAUUGGACCUACAGAUGCCAAUUCACUCUUUCUGGAAACCAAGGAUCAGAAUAAUGAACAUGACACUGACUCGGACAGUGACCUCUCUCUGGAGGAUGACCAGAGUGGGUCCUAUGCUUCCACCCACUCCUCAGACAGUGAGGAGGAUGAAGAAUUUGCCAGGGAACCCUGCUGGGAAAAUUUGCUAUGCCCAAACAAUGAGAAACUGCCAUCACACAGCACUCCCAAGGUGGACAACCUCCCUGGCCCUGGCAAAUCUUACUGGCCUGGUGAUUUUGUGACUACUGCAAGUGAGAGUGAUGGACAUGCUGGCUCAGAGAAACUACGUGUGGAGCCAGUUGGCAAGACUGACCGUUUGGGACUAACAGAGGAGUUGCCUAGAGAAAAUGGAGAAACACAGACCAGGGAGAGCAUCUUAGGAACCUUCCCUCAUCCAACUGCCUUGCCUCAGAAAGGCAUCCUAAAGAAGAAGGGCUUGCCACCUAUCAGUGAGAAAAACAGCAUCCAGCGUAUCCACAACAAGCUCUCCAGCUGUCGCUCAGGGAUGGUGUCAUCACAUGGCUCUUCAGGAAGCGACGGCAGUCGGGGAGGUGGGGUGCCGCGACCCCGACAGACACUACAGGAGCAGCUCAAUGGCUUGACACCCAUCACUAUGAGCAUAAAGACUGGCACGGUGGAUGAGGACUCCUCGGGCUCUGAGAGUGAUGAAACCUCAAUCUGACGGCGCAUGCACCAGACUUUUUUCUCUUGUGCUUUGGCCAGUCCGGGAGCCCAGGAUUGCUCUCAAACCGCAGCGAGGAAUGUUGUCUCCUUCGGCUCGGCUCUGCUUGGCCCGGCCCGGCCCGGCGAGCUGGAUCCAGUAUAGGUAGUGCCAAAUGGAAACUGACCUGCCACCAUCCCAGCACCAGGGGAACGGCAGGCCUCGGGAGACGGAACUACUUGAACCGAUGCACUUUGGAUCAUUGUCAAAUGGACAGAAAACAGAAACACAGACUUGACCACCUCCAAAUCUUCAGGGAUUUUCAUGCUUUGUUGCCCAGUCUGGAACUGCUGCGUCUGGAAUAUUUUUCGUUCUUUCUUAUCUAUUAAAGCUGGGCUGGGGGAAUCUCUCAGCAGCAACCACAUGCCGGGGCCUCUGGAAAUGCAUUACUUUGCAAUUGUUUACAUAUUUCACAAUGGGAUUGAGCUAGGAGGAGUCACUGUACUUGAAGAGGGCUGCCACUUCGGGGAGGGCACUGAAAACUGUAGAUUUUAGCAUCAGAUGGCAAAUCAGAAAUGGGAUGCAGUUUCUGGAGGAUAUUGCUCUGGCUUCCUCCAGAAUAGUGACUUUGCGUUAGAACUGAGAGUGCAACAGACUUGGCUGUGCAAGGCACCUGCAUGAGAUGUGUGCUAUGCACUGCUUAGGGACAGCAGGCCAAUUUUGCAUUGAUGUUGACCACUCUGAUGGCCCAAAGACCUCACCUUUGUGUAUACACACAUAGAUUGCCUUUGUCUUUCUUUGCAGUGUGUGUGUAUCACAGUGAUGCUUCUCUAUGAUUCAGUGUAGGCAUAAACACACCUCAUAUGGUACAACUGAGGCAUGUAAACAAACAAACAAAAAACAGCGUGCAGGUCAGUCUGUCAUUGGUUGCCACACGGGAAAGAUAGAAAUCUGACAUUAUGGCUUAACUGUGAUAGGCAACCACAGAAUUGGGAAGGAAAUUCUUAUCCAAAUAAUGUUUCCUGGACUCUGUGUAAGUAUAAGUUUUUUGCUGAUUCCCAUAGGCCAGUGCUCACUACCACAUACAGUGUUUUAGCCUAAGGAAAUGAAAAGGCUUCCAUUUCCUGCUUAGUUUUAUUAAUUAAUAAAAUGGUAGGAUUAUUACAGAAUCUUAAGAGCCAUUUUCCCAGACUGUCAAUCGCCGUCAUGCUAUCUACAUCCAUGGACUAUACAAAUCUGCAUCUGUUGUGGCUCUUGUCCCUUUUCUGGCAGGCUGCUGACUCCAGAUUGCUCAGUGGGACUGGAAACAUAGGACCAGGCCUAGGCCAUGGGCAUCCAACUGGAAAUGCUCCUUCAUGGACCACAUUAGUCACUUUCUGACCACUUGGUUGUGAGAACCACUGCUCCAAGUUGCCGAUCCAGUGACUUGGCCUCAUCAGGACCCUGCCUGUGAGGCGGCCCAUAGAGUGCUGAGCACUAUGGGUGUGGCCUGCUGAGCCAUCAGUCCAUGCUGCAAUUAUUUUCGUAGAAAAUGACAAAAAGAAAAAAGUCCCAACUCCUGCUCCAGCUUGUACCCAGUGAGUGUACCACUGGCCUGGCGCAGGAAUGCUGCCUUGAUGUCUCCCAAUAGCACCCGGCUUUCAGGCCAACAUGGGUGCUGCCUUUCUGCCUCAGAAGCCUUCAUUUUUCUACACUCAGCCAAGCCUGAUGCCUGCUCAUAAUAGGAAAUUUUCAUGAUGGGUCCUUUUGGAAAGUACUUUUUUAUAAAGUUCCUUGGGAAAGAGAUUUUUUUUCUGAUAAGGGAGAGGGGAAAGAGGGUGGGU